GCAGCAUCAGCAUCACCGGAAUGAGUAACAGUGCGCAACUUGGAGAAAUGACUACACUGUCCAGAGGAGCGCAUGUGUGCGUGCGUUGAGUGUGCGGUUUGCGACGGUCCCUUCAGCGUAUUCAUGAGGGCGUAAAGGUGCCAAAGAGAGACAUAAGAAAACAAAAAGCCAACACGGAUCUCUGUGGAUGUGGAAGAGAAGGGAGCCAUGGAUUAUACGAGAAAACACAUUUAUCUCUCCAUCGUCAUUUGGAUAAUGAACUGUACCUGCCGUGCUGUUUCCACUAGAUUUAUGGAGGACAGCGUACCCAAGCUGUUGAGCUCUCCUGGCCUAGAAGACGACAGCCCAACUACCUCCUGUGAUUUUGAGUCGCUGUGCACGUGGACUUUAUCAGAUAACACCACCCAAAAUGCGUGGACAGUGGUGUCACCACAGCAGUCAGAAAGCACAAAGGCAGGGGCGCUGCCUGCGACCGACCACUCAGCAGGGAGCUCUGAUGGGCACUUCCUUCUCCUAAGCCCCUCACCUGCUGCUGAGGCAUCUGGGAGAUGUGAGUACCACUUAACCAGUCCGGUCUUGCUAGGCAGCAACAGGCAGUGCAUGUUGCAGCUGGCUCUGUAUGAGGCCGGUCCGGCGACGGGAAACCUGAUGCUCCUGGUCCAGCCAGUUCUGUCGACUUCGGCCGUUCACUCAGAGGUUCUCAACAGCCGGAGAGGAGACGACCGCAGGGCUGAGUGGGAGGUUCUUGAGGCUGCAAUUGGUCAGGUGGACGAGGCCUUUCAGGUGACCCUGGUCUACACAUCCUGUGUGGGAGAAAAUGGAGCCACUGUGGCCCUGGACUCCCUGAAGUUCAUAGACUGUGAAUCAGAGCAUCAGCUGGAUUCCCCGUGUGAGGAGUCAUUCCACUGUGCGCACUCAGGAGGCUGCAUCGACCAGAGCCAAGUGUGUAAUGUCCAUGCGGACUGCGCUUACGGAGAGGACGAGGGCUUAACCUGUGAUACUCUUCCCUUUGGCUCGUACUGUCUGUUUGAAGGGGAUUCAUGUGGUUGGUCCGUGUCCAGUCAGCACUCGGGCUGGAGGAGGGUGGCUGGAGAUGAGCUUCUGAAGAACGAAGGCAUGCAUGGUGUCACUCUACAGCACACGCCAGGGCACUUCUUGUAUCUGCAGGUAAGGGAGAGUAAUUCCGUUCAGCGGGCUUCUGUUUUGAGCCCUUCUUUCCCACGUCCAGUCUCCACUGCCGCUUGCCAGAUGCACUUCUCUCUGUACCUGCAUGGGGACUUUAAUGGCUCAUUGCUGGUGGCUAUAGAAGAAAAUGCGACCAACUCUGCACCGCUGGUCUGGGAGAGAAAUGGUCAGUGGACGGACGACUGGGAAUCUGUUGCCCUGCAGCUGACCAGCCUUCAUCAUGGGUUCCACGUCAAAGUGACGGCUGUGUGGGAACGAGGCUCCAGCGCUGAUGUGGCUCUCGACGACAUCGCCAUUGGCGCCGCCUGCUUCAACACGGAUCUCAACUCCCUCCUGUCCACGGUCGACUUUGAGGAUUACCAAAUCACCCUUCCAGAGCCAUCUGCAUCAGAUGUUUCUCUGGUGACAUGGUGGUUUAACUCAUGCGGUGCCAGCGGACCCCACGGCCCGACCCAAGCCCAGUGUGACAGCACCUACAGGAACAAAAAUGUCAGUGUCAUUGUGGGGAAGGAGGGGCCUCUGAAAGGAGUCCAAAUGUGGAAGGUGCCUGCUACUAACAGAUACUUGAUCUCUGCUUACGGUGCCGCGGGAGGAAAAGGAGCCAAAAACCACAACAAACGCAACCACGGCGUAUUCGUAUCGGCCAUAUUUCCUCUGGAGAAAGGAGAAAUACUUUACAUCUUGGUGGGCCACCAGGGAGAGGAUGCGUGCCCGGGGAGAAAUCCCCACACCCAGAAGAUUUGCCUCGGAGAGUCAUCCGUGAUUGAGAGCAACCUCAGGGUGGAGGGUGGUGCAGAGUGGGCCGGGGGAGGAGGCGGAGGAGGGGGAGCGACUUACAUCUUUAAGAUGGAGGGUGGCGAGCUGGUUCCUUUGCUGAUUGCAGCUGGUGGAGGAGGGAAUGCCUACCUGGAGGACCCGGAGUCCAGCCUGAACCAGAUCCCACUGGAGCAGUAUGAAAACAGCACCACAGCUCCCAGUACCAACGGUCAAACUGGCGCGGCAGGCGGAGGUGGCGGCUGGAGAGACAGUCCAAGUCCUCACCUGAGGGCCGGCAAGUCUCUGGUGGAAGGUGCAGAGGGUGGGUUUUCAUGUCCCCUGGCCCUGUCUAAGCUCAACUGGUCGACCUUCGGUGGAUUUGGAGGCGGUGGUGGAGCUUGCACAGCUGGAGGCGGCGGAGGAGGAUACAAAGGAGGUGACGCCGCGCCGAUGGAUGAGAUCACAGCUGACGGUCAGAAUGGAAUUUCAUUCAUCCAUCCGAUGGGAGAGAUUUUCCUGCAGCCUCUGGCCGCCAUGGAGAGUCACGGUGAGUGUGACAUCAAGGUGCAGCUGAACUGCAGCCACUGUCAGACACAGAGCUGCAAGCGAGAAGAAGACACCCAUCUUAUCCUCUGUCUCUGCCACGACGACGAAGUCCUGGCCAGUGAUAACGUUACAUGUAUCGGUACUGUAGCAGCUCAUCAGGGCCUGGCUCCACAGGGCCAGAUGUCGACAACACUGAUCCUGGCCGUCGUCGUCUCGACCGUCGCGAGCGGCAUCGCGCUGGUCUGCGCCGGCGUCAUCCUCAUGUGGUACCGCAGAAAGAACGACCUGCACGCGGUGAGGGGGCGCCUGCAGAGUCCGGAGUACAAGCUGAGCAAGAUCCGCUCCUCCACCAUCAUGACGGACUACAACCCAAACUACUGCUUCGCCGGCAAGGCCGCCUCUCUCAGCGAGCUGAAGGAAGUGCCACGCAAGAACAUUACGCUUCUCAGGGCUCUUGGCCAUGGUGCAUUUGGUGAAGUGUAUGAAGGGCAAAUUCUGGGGAUGAGUGGUGACGGCAGUCCUAUGCAAGUGGCUAUUAAGACUCUUCCAGAAAUCUGCUCCGAACAAGACGAAAUGGAUUUCCUGAUGGAGGCUCUGAUUAUGAGCAAAUUCAGCCAUGAAAACAUUGUGCGGUGCAUCGGAGUCAGUCUGAACAUCCUGCCGCGCUUCAUCCUGCUGGAGCUGAUGACCGGAGGAGACAUGAAGAGCUUUCUGAGACAGAACAGACCACGAGCUGGUCAGACCUCUACGCUUACCAUGUGGGAGCUGCUGCGGAUGGCCAGAGACAUCGCCUGCGGCUGUCGCUACCUGGAGGAGAACCAUUUCAUACACAGAGACAUCGCUGCUAGAAACUGCCUGCUCACGUGCCCCGGACCCGACAGAGUGGCUAAGAUCGGGGACUUUGGCAUGGCGCGGGACAUUUACAGAGCCAGCUAUUACAGGAAAGGUGGUCGUGCCAUGCUGCCGGUCAAAUGGAUGCCACCGGAGGCCUUCAUGGAGGGAAUCUUCACCUGCAAGACCGAUACAUGGUCAUUUGGGGUGCUGCUCUGGGAGAUCCUCUCUCUGGGCUACAUGCCGUAUCCUUGUAAGACCAACCAGGAGGUGCUGGAGUUUGUCACCAGCGGAGGCAGGAUGGACCCUCCCAAAGGCUGCCCGGGGCCAGUCUAUCGGAUCAUGACCCAGUGUUGGCAGCACUGUCCUGAGCACCGGCCCAACUUCUCAACGAUUCUGGAGAGAAUUAACUACUGUACUCAGGAUCCAGAUGUGAUCAACACGCCCCUACCCGUGGAGUAUAGCCCCAACACAGAGGACUAUGGAGGGACAGUAAUCCGUCCCACCGAUCCCACCUCCGCUGGCCUCGCUCCACUCCUGGUUACACAUCCUGUUUCCCAGGAUUCUCCCUCCCAGCUUGGUCUGUCCUCCAUGGGUCUGGGCGCCGCUCCUCUUCCCCCGCAGCCCACCAAACCCCGCCUGCUCCUGCAGAGGACCCAGCCCGUCCACCAUGAAGUGACAUCGUGCCGCGAGGUGCUGGAGCCGUCCUGGGCAGAGCCCGUUCCCGCACCCGGUUUGACGGCAGGAGGUAACUGGCUCCACCCCGAGCUCCCUCAUCACCGACCGUGCUCCAGAAACAGCUCCUCCUCCGGGAGCCAGAGGCUGAAGAACAAGACCAAGAACCUAUGGAACCCGACGUACGGCUCCUGGGUCCUGGACAACUUCAGGGGGAAGAAAACCCUGGCUCACACUCAGUCCAUGCCGCUCUCGGGCUCCACUUCCAACUCGCAGAGCUGCAGCCCAACGCCGGAGAACAAAGAGGCUGGGUGUGACAGCACCAGCAGCAGCUACCUCAGCCCUUCCACUUCAUCAACUCCAUCUCCGUCCUGCCAGGCUCAAGCCGCCCCGAGCGUGUCCUCCCAUAAGACCCCAGCAAGUGGCAGCUCAAAGGCUGGAAUGGAUCUGGCCAAGCUCCAGAGUUUCCCUUGUGGCAAUGUCAACUACGCCUAUGAUGAGCAGAGCUACGAGGCGGAGAGCCUGCCCUUGGUUAUGCCCAAAGCUCCAGAAGCCGUAACAAACACCAGCUCCCCCCUCAGUGUCUCCUCAGGGAGUAGCCUGGGACUGGCAUUAGGCCUCCAUACCUCCUCGUCUUGUAUGCCCAAACUGCUCCUGAAGCGCCACGCGAGCUACGGACACGAGGACGUGAGAAGACACACCAAAGCUGAGAAACCCACGCGCGACAGAGACUCUGGCUUUUCUCUGUCUGAAGACCUCAGUGUCACCCCUAUCUAAGACACCUGCAGACCCUUAUCUCACAAACUGGGAGAUUUCUUUAACCAAAAGUGUGAGGGCUCCUCUAUGUUCACACAGCCACUAAAUUUAAUUAUUGCAGCUCCUGGUAUGCUGGAAAACACACUCACACUCACACACCCACACAUACACACACACUCCUCUGCACUGUGAUAUAGACAGCCAACGCUGGACUCAGAGUCCUAGUAGCCGAACACUGACACUGCUAAAAAUACUGGGCGACCUGUGGCCCUGCUCUUUUCUCAGUACCCUCACUAUCGGUGAUGGCUGUCACAAAUAACUGCUGUAGUUGGACUCCUUCUUUUUUUUUCUUUUUUUUUUUACCUACUUUUGUUGUCGUUUUUGCUGUAUGUUUAAAUGAAAGCUUUGGCAGUAGUAUAUUUGUAAAAACGCAGUGCUCAGUAUGACCGUAAAAGGCCAAAAAUAUUGAUAUAUUGGGAAGAGAAUCACCUGGAAGUUAACGUAAUUGCAGCUUUUUGAUGUUGAUGCAGGUGUUUCAUUUAUACUUAUAUCCACACUUAAGGACUUAACUUGUAGUUCUCUGUGGUAAUCUAAUGUGAUCCCGUUUUGCUUUCACCCCACGUAAUGUGAAAACCUCCCACACUACUGCAAUAACUGGCUGCUGGCAGUAGCUCCACGAUAUCAAUCUCAGCAAGAAUCCAAAAACAGAUAUUUGCCGAUAACGAUGAGCCGUCCCGUUAAGAUGCUGACUUUACUGGAUAAAAGGAGGUUGUGAUGAUAACAUUUUUUCCAAACUGCAUCAACUUUUUUUUAUUAUUAUUAUUAUUAUUUCUCUUCCUCCAUGUAUCAAUAUUCACUUGGCCGGUCUUAAUAAUGUCUCAACGUAUAUAGAGUUUGAAGAUAAUCUUUGCCGCUUGGAAGAUAUUUGCUAUUUUUGUAAUCACUUCCUUACACUGGACUAACUCAUUGCAUUCGUUGCUGUUUUGGUGAGAUUUUGUAUUCGUUUAUGUUACUCAUGAAUCUGCACUUGUAGUCGAUCACUGCCAUUAGACACUGCUGCACCGCGUCCACCGGAUGCAAUGCUCGCAGUACCUGUGUUUACUCAGCAGGGGGAGGUGUUCAGCUUUGGAACGCCAAACAAGCUGCUGCAGGUAUCUCAGUCAAAUAUUUAAAAUCUAUUUAUGUUUUUUUUUUUUUGGUUACUCUUAUUUAAUCAGUUUAGUAGUGGUAGCUAAUGUCGAUAGUAUAUUUUUUAAUAUCUUGAAUGAUUACCUUUAUCUGAGUGCUUUAAGCUUACUGUAUGUUCAGGCUUGCUAAUAUUAGUGUCUUUAUCUUAGUUGCUCGAAUUAUAUCUUUGAGAAAAGGUGACUUACCAAAAGGCUCACAUAGUUUUCUAAAGAUCUGUCCCACUUAGAAAUAUUGUGGAAUAUUUUUUACAGAGGAGAAACGUAUUCUCGGUGUAUAUUCCUUAAGUCUUGUUGCGGUUUAUUUCACACUCACUUAAAAUUGUUUUGUAGCUGAGGAUUCCUCCCACAGAAGUGCAAAGACAUUCUAUGCAAUAUACUGUCUUUCACUCGUUCAUCUAACCUAACUGUGCCCGAAAUAAAUCCACAUAUAGUGA